AUGCCACACUCACGGCGCCGUCAGGGCGCGGCGGGUCACGUGGACCCUCGCCCACCGGGCUCCGCUCCCGGCGGGCGCUGUCGGGUGACAGGGAAGGAGGCCCCCGAGAACUUCCCGCACGGAGCAUACCAGUUGGGUUUUUUGCAUUACCACGGCGACAAAAGAUUUCGGUUGCGGGUGCGCGUCGCCGGCGCGUUGUUCGCGGUGCUUCUGGCACUCCUGGGCGACGGCGGCGGCUGGAGAAGAGAGCCGCAGACGAGCUGCCUCGGGGGGGGAGAGCGUCGAUCGCCAGGGCUCUCCCCGACCCCCCCCGCGCCGGCUGCUCACUGCGGGGGAGUCCUCGCCGCCGACGUGCCCCCCAAGGACGAGCAGAGCUCGUCGUCUCGCCGCGAGGGCGAACGCAGCGACAGAGAUCCGGACUCGGCGGGAGGGGCGGCAGACCCCAGGCCCCGCCCCCCGCCUGAGGACGGAAGUCCGGAAAAGGAAGGCAGGUCUGGAGAGGGAACGACAGGAGACGCCGACCACGGGGCCGCUUACAAGCUUUCGACAGACCGUGCCGAAGCCGCGAAGCUGACUUCGCUCUCGACGGAGACUCCAAGGUCCUCUCCGUCGCUCCCCUUCCUGCCUGUCCACAGUAGGCGGUGGCUGCGGGAAACGGAGCUCCGCAGGGCAACCGCGCCCGACAACAAAGAGGAGGAGAGACGCCGAGGCACGACCGCCUCUCAGGACCUCGCGCUCUCUCUGGAAUCCAGCACGACCUUCGGCGACGCGAAGACUCGCUCGCAGCGCUACGCCUCCUCGCCCUUCUCCCUCGAGCAGGGGGUCGGCGCCUUGAUCGGGCGGUCGGAAGACGAGAGCAACUUUUUGAUGUCGCUCGACGCGGAGACGGCAGGUGCCUUGCAAACGACGGCGCAGAUGAUCGAGAUGGCGCAGGGCGGACGAGAGAGGGUCGCACGCCUCGCGACUACGAAGGAGGUCGGGGCGGGCGACCCGCGGGGUCCGCAGCCGAAAGCGCAGCAAAAGAAGCGGAAGGAGGAUCCCGAGGACCCAGCGAAGGACGGAGCCGACGCUCCGCAGAAGAAGCCUUCGCGGCUCGCCGCAUUUCUGAGGAGACAUAAGUUCACGAGAGGCAAGAAGGACGUGGACGCCUCGGUGAAGAGAGCCGCGGAUGCGAGCGGGCGCCCCGAGGGAGACCCAAGGCAGGCGCCAGCGCAGAGCGACGCGAAGAAGCAGACAGUCGACGACGCCGCCCCGCGGACAGCCGCUGAGGACGACGAAGAGGAAGCACGCACAGACAAAGACCCCCAGGCAGAGGCCCAGGGGGAAGCAGACGCGGAGAACAACAAGCGCUGGCAGCUGCGACACGCAGGGGGAAAGGUUGGAGCGUGGGUGCGCGCCGCAGCAGCCCGAAAGGGGGGGCAAGCAGCCCCGAGGCAGUUUGCGCCAGGCUACGUCCGGGCCCUGCGGCUGAAGCACCGACCGCUGGGAGCGGACAAGGGCACUUCGGCGGAGCUGUCGGCGGAGGACGAAAGUCUGCGGCAGGCCGAGUCCGCGCUCACGCGCGCUGCAGCCGAGACGGAUGCGGAGGUCGAGAGCUUCCUGGAGCAGGUGCGCACGAUUCAGCCUCCAGCGAGGGGCCUGCGGCGCGGGCUCCUGCUUCUGGCUGCCGCGCUGCUCGUUUGGCCGGCGACCCGACUUGGGCAGUGGCGCUCCGAAGAGCUGAACGACCUGGGCAACCACGAGGAGGCGGCCGCGGGCACGCUCUUUUUCAGUCUCGUCCUUCUGGGCAUGAAGACGCUGCACAUGUUUUUCUCGAACUUUUCUCGGCAGCGACGCUUCGAGAAGACUCUCUCGCGCGUGCGGGUCCUCUACUACCGGAAGCGAAACAUCGCGCUCGCUGCUGCCGCGACCGCGCUGGCGCAGCGCAGGCGGAAACUGCAGCAGCGGACUGCUGCGCUGCACCAAGCUCCCGGCGGAGAGCGCAUUCCGCACCCCGGCGUGCUGCGGAGCAAAGGCGCGGCUCAGAGGCUCCGCAACUCCAGGCUGGCAGAGAGCAACGCAGAAAAACCCUCCACCGAAGAGGCGCUGGCGGCGCAGGGCGGCAAGGUCCCAGAAGAGCGUCAGCACGGUGGUGUGGCGGAAAGAGGCCUCAAGCAAGGCGCCGGCGCCCACCUGCUGGAGGGAGCCACAAACGCGGGCGUCCCGCUCCAAGUCAUUGUGGAGGAAGAAGAAGGCGACGACGCCGGAGGAGCCGCAGCCGUGGUUAGGCGAGGAUCCGUAGGGGUGGAGCUCAGCAAGCCAGACGAGCCAAAGGCAACCGAAAAUGUCAGAGAGGAGGCGGCAGAUAAAGACGCCGCGGGCAGAGUGAAGAGCGAGGAGGAGCGUGCGGAGAAGGUGCAUGGCGGCCGGGGCUGCAGGUGGCUCUCGAGACACUUCCUGAGCAAGACCGAGCGGGGUUGCAAAGAGAGCACCUCCCGAGAAGAGUCCCCAGAAGACCGCAAAGCCAGGACGCACGAGAGCGGAAAGCAAAACAGCGAGGAGACGAGUAACUCCCGCGCCGGGACCCCGGUCGCGGCAACGGAGGAACCUCCGAAAUUUGGCGUCGCCCGCCUGGAGCCCACCAUCCUGUCGCGGGAUCCCGCCGACACAGCGAAGGGGGCACAUGCAGUGCAGCCCUCCGCUCCGGCGCCUGGUGGUGCAGAGUCAUCACAGCUUUCGGCUGCUUCCAACGCCUCCCGGGGCAAAUCUUCGCAACGCGGGCAGUCUGCGUCGGCUGCGCAAGCGUCGAGUGCGAGACAGCCCGACAGGCGAAACGACCGCGACGGCGAGGCGCUCGGUGUGCGCCAGCGGGGGCCCGAUGGGGCCCCGCUCGGCGACGGAGGCGGCACCGCUGGGCACGGUCGGAGCUUUGCUGAGCACUCGGUUGCCAGUGAGCUUCAAGCAGCUCAGGCGGAGCUGGUUGAGCACGCGGUUGACGCGUUGGCUGUGAGGCACCUGUUUCCGCUGAACGGCUCUGUAGGGAUUGCCGCGUCGCUGUUCACAUUCCUGUUCAUCCUCGCCACGCGCAUGGGUCUCGAGGCAAGCAGUGGAGCCUCCGACGUCGUCUCAGACCCCGCAGUCGCCGUCCUGGUGGUCGCGACGUUUCUUGCCUCCGUGUGGCGCCUGCGGCGAAGUUUGGAGAGGCGGGAGAGCCAGAGGGCGAUCCUGAAGCGCCGAAGGCAAGAGAAGGCACGGCGCCUGCUGCGGAAGCACGCCGCUGAACACGAGCCUCUGGCAGAUGAGGAAAUGAGUCUCCGCCCCAGCCCCGCUUCUCCAGGCAACCCGCCCCAGAGAAGGAGGCCCGAGCCGACCCAAGAACGCGUGUCGUUAUGGGGUUUCUUCUAA